AUGGCAUCGACAAGUCUCACUCCCAAGGAUUUCCAAGACGCCUUCCACUGGGCAGCAACCCAGAAGGAUGGCGCCAUUCCUUCCUUUGACACCCGGCCAAAUGACCCCUACAAGUACCAGCCAGGCUUCAACAAUCAUUUUGAGUCUGAAGCUAUCCCUGGCACUAUCCCAAAGGGCCAAAACAGUCCGAGGUUCAUUCGAUUCGGCCUCUACGCCGAGCAGAUGACAGCCUCAGCAUUUGUCGCUCCUCGAAACGUCAAUAAGAAGGCCUGGCUGUAUCGAUCUCGACCGGCAGUUGCUCACCAAGGAUUUACCGAACUUCCCGACAACUUGGACACAGAGGCCACCUUCAUCCCAAUCAAUCCUCGAGUUCAUAUCUCCCCUACCCAGCUGGCUUGGAAGCCAUACCCGAUCCCUGAAGGUCACGACGUGGACUUCGUUGAUGGGUUGAAGACUGUGGCCGGAUCCGGCGAUCCUACUCUCCGCGAGGGGCUAGCAACCCACGUGUUCUUAUGCAACAAAAGCAUGACCAAGAAAGCGUUUGUCAACUCAGACGGCGACUUCCUCAUCGUACCUCAACAAGGCGCCUUGGACAUCCAGACUGAAUUCGGCUUCAUGUACGUUCAGCCCGGGGAGAUUUGCGUUAUCCAACGCGGCCAACGCUUCAAAGUCAACAUCGAAGGCCCUACUCGUGGCUACAUCCUCGAAAUAUGGGGGUCCAACUGGGAGCUUCCUGAACUAGGUCCGUUGGGCGCAAACGGACUGGCCAACGCUCGUGACUUCCUCCAUCCUGUCGCCGCGUAUGAGGUUACUAAAGACGAUCCAUGGAGUGUUGUCUACAAGCUCGGGGGCAAGUUUUUCAAGAGCACCCAAAACCAUUGUCCAUUCGACGUCAUUGCUUGGCACGGAAACUAUGUGCCCUAUAAAUAUGACCUCACCAAGUUUGUCAAUGUUGGCUCCAUCUCAGUUGAUCACAUCGACCCCUCAAUCUUUUGCGUUCUCACAGCCAAAUCUCGCGACCCGGCUGCGCCGCUGGCCGACUUUCUUAUAUUCUCCCCGCGGUGGGACGUCGCAUCCCACACCUACCGACCCCCAUAUUAUCACAGAAAUUGCGCCUCUGAGCUUAUGGGACUCAUUUACGGGGAUUACGGGGGCCGAUCAGACGAGUUUCAGCCUGGAAGCGUUUCAUUCGAAUGUGGAUUCGUCCCUCACGGUGUGGCCUACGAAGAAUUCUCCGCUGCUUCUAAGGAGGAUCCUCCCGUCAGGCAAAUAUCGCUCGGGUCUAUUGCCUUCAUGUUUGAGAGCAGUCGCGCUUUCACUAUCACCGACUGGGCUUGGAAUAGUGAACAGAAGCAUGAGCACGAUCCUAAGAUGUGGGACAACUUGGUUGACAACUUUUCCAAUUUCAAAGAUGAGGUGGAUAAAAUCCUGAAGACAGUAAAGUAACUGGUGUUAUACUUAGCUCAUGGAACCACGAC